AUGAGAGCUGAUAUCUGCAUCACCACAGUCAGUUAUUCACACUCACUCGCUGAGAUGGAGACAUCAAGAAUUACUGCACUUAUAUAUUUUUUAUUGUUUAGUCAGAUCUAUGGAGCAGAUAUUGAGAUGAAGGUCAGACCAGGAGACAACAUCACUCUUCACUGUGACCUUCCUUUAACUCGUGGUUUGAACAUUGUGUGGAUGAAAAACAGUUCUUACGAAUUUCUACCCUCUAUCAUAAUAGAUCAUCGGAAAGAGACCUUCAGACGUUUCAGUUUUCCUAAAAACUCCAACAUUAAUUCUUUUGAUCUACAUAUUACUAACAUUACAGUCUUUGAUCUGGGACUGUACUACUGUGUUGAAUAUGACAGAAAGUUAAAUAAUGCAGAAAAAGGCAAAUACCAAUCUGAUUUGUAUUAUUAUGGAAACCGAACAACUCGUCUUUUUCUCGCUGUAACUUCAUGUUCUGGAGACUCCAGCAGCACCAUCUCUCCUCCUCCUGUAUCAGACUGUUUCCUCUGCUGGACGCUGCUGGUCAGUGUUUGUGUUGUGUGUUUUCUCCUCUGCUUCAUCUGUGUGUACUGCUUCUGUCAGAGGAAAACAACAGAUGGUGAAACUGUUAACAGAGAAAAGAUAAAAAGUAGAAAUACUUGUGAGGGUGAUGAUGAAGAGGUGUGUUAUGCUUCCUUGGAUGUGAAAGUCAGAAGAAAAAAACGAACCAAGAAGAAACAACAGCAGAGUUCAGACUUCAGUAUUUAUGCUCCGGUCAGAACAGACACAGUACAGAACUUCUGA